CACUUCUGUUGCUGUUCAAAACCGAAUGAAUCUUUGAACAGAUUCUUUUCUUUUGUUACUUCUCGAUAUUCCCACUAUGCACGCGUUUGUUAGACGUCUGCGACCGUUGCCGCGUACGCAUUCUUACGAAUAUUCGGCGGAAGGACCGUAGGGAUAUCGAUUGGACAUUAGGCAUGUCGGCCAUACACUUUGAUGACAUUAUGCUUGUGUCGCGAAGUCGUCGAGUGCCGCCACAAUGCUAUAUAAAAUUUUGGAAUUUCAUUAGCAUUAGGAUGAAAUACAACUAUCGUGAUUAUACUGACAAAAUUUGAAAGAAAUCUGACGAUUUACACAUACAGGGUGGUCUAAAAAUCAGUCCUCACUGGUCAAUACACAAUCAAAAGUUAAUCGGCUUGCAGUCGACUAUAAAUUGCAAUAUUACGAAUUUCAAAAAAGAUUCUGCUUCGAUGACAAGCCAAGGAUACCUUGAUCUUUUUAAAUGGCACUAUGUAUUUCUGUCUGCAUAAUGCUGUAUGCGAGUUACAUAUAUGCUAUAUAUUGUUGUAUGCUCUUAGUUUGCGAGGUAUUUGUAAAAGACUGUCAGUAACACUAUAACAUUGUAGAAUACAUUAUUCUACCUAUUAUUGUGUGUCCGUGACAGCGUAUGCGUUAGCAUAAUGGGUUGCCGGCUGUCUCACGGUGGCUGGAUAAAAUAGUACCUAACCCGGAGAUAAUUUUUAUCUUUUGUUCAUAGUUUAUAUAGGAUUGGAUUAGGCGUGAGGUUGUAACAUGCAGAGAAAAACUUUGAACGAAAUGUUGACUUCUACACCAUAUUAGUAGAAUCAUCGAAAUCCAAGAUGACGGCAGCUUUCUAAAUAAUUAGCAACAAUUUUAGCGUAAUAGAAACGAGAAAUUAUGCACGCAACAUUUCUCUAAUUUAGAUGUUGGACAAAAUACAACUUUAUAUAGAGACGAAGAGAACAAUAGCUAACUAUUCGUGCAAUAGUAAGCGUAAAUACGUUAUAGUAGACUAAUUGUAAGUUUCAAUAUGUAAUCGUGUCGUAUUCGAGGUUCUCUCCGACACUUGCUCGGUACUGUUCAGUACGUGACGUGUCCACUUAAGAUAAAUUGUCGCAAGGUUAAAUAUUGCUGCUAUCUUUCAACAGGCAGAGCAUAAUAUUUAUAGAACAUCUGGCAGGACAAGAUCAAUCGUCAAGAAAUUGACGAUGAUUCGCCAGUUUCCGAAGUGAGGGAAAAGCAUGGAGCGCUAGUAAGACUCAUUGAUACGUUUGCCAUUGAUUAUCGGAUUGCUUUGAGUUCCAUUUAUUGAUUAAUUGCCCGACAUAAUUUUGAUCUACGUAAAUCUUGACGUUUAUACGAAUGGUCGAGUAACAACUGGCUAUCGGGCUGAUAAAGUUCCAGUUGAGGCGUUGGUGUUCGAAGUGGUUUUAAAUCGUUCCUUGCGAAUCAAGAGCAUUAGAAGAAACAUGUUAAGAAAUUGUCGUUUCUUUCUCGUUCUAUCGACGAUCCUAAUUUUGUUGCAUCUUGGUAAGGCAGAUAUUAGGAAGGACUGUCGCAAGGAAUCGAAGGUUUCAUGGGCCGCAUUAAGACGGAUGAAAGCCGGAGACUUGGAACAGGAAGAUCAAAACUUAAAGUGCUACCUCAAGUGCUUCAUGAUGAGGCACGGUAUCUUAGAUAAGAACGCGGAGGUAGAUGUGCAAAGGGCGCUUCGACAUCUGCCACGAAGCAUGCAAGACUCGUCUAAGAAAUUGUUUAACAAGUGUAAAUCUGUUCAGAGUGACGAUCCUUGCGACAAGGCUUACAAGAUGAUCAAAUGUUACGUAGGACAUCACCCAGAGAUUUUGCAGAGCGUACCUUUCCUCUAGAGCUCUCGUCACGAGAGCCGCAGGGAGAUACUCGAGUAUUAAAA